UGUCAAGGAGUGUGUUUUGUUGUUAUUCGUGGCGCUGUCAAACGGAGGGAUAACCAGAGCGGGGGAUAACGCUAUCUUUGGUCUGACUGCCUGCACGGUAGACUAAUCAACCGCCUUGGAAAAGCUGUCUCUGGUGGGGGUGCGCACCUGACUUUGCCCUCUGCAUUGCAGCAUUUGCCCGAAUUCAGGGAGUUGACGCUUGUGGAAUGAAUGGUACAAAAUGGGCUCGGCAACACUCAACUUGGAACAGCACGUGAAUAACAUUCUGAACGGCGAAGGGAUGGAGGUGACAGCCAUCGAUUCCGCUCCAGAGCCACUAAAAGCAGUGGUCGUGAGGAAAACGGUUUGCUACAUUGUAAGCGCACUUAUCUUUAAUUCAAAGAAGGAACUCCUCAUGGUGCAGGAGGCCAAGCCGGAGUGUUAUGGGCGCUGGUACUUGCCAGCGGGCCGCAUGGAGGAAGGGGAGAGCAUCGAGGAGGCGGUGAAGAGAGAGGUGCGGGAGGAGGCCGGCUUCGAGUGUCAGCCAAUCACGCUCGUCCAGGUGCAGGAGCAGGGCCCACAGUGGGUCCGAUUCGCCUUUGUGGCUGAAAUCACAGGAGGGACGUUGAAGACCGAAGGCCAGGCUGACGCCGAGUCCCUGCAGGCGUGCUGGUGGGACCGGGAGUCCGACCUGCCCCUGCGCGGCCGUGACAUCCUGCCCCUCAUCGAGAUGGGCCUGCGCUACGUCGAGAAGCCCCGGUUCGCCCCCAUGCUGCCCCUGGACCUCCCGUGCCCCGUGGUGUGCCAGCGCCUCGUCCUCACCUUCGCCUCGGGCAUCUACGUCUGGAUCCUGGUGGGCAACGGUGCCCGGGGGCCCAUCGCGAUCAGCAGCGUGCGCGAGGAGCAGAAGAGCAGGAAGGCCCCCCCCUUGGCCACGGCCAACAGCCGAGGCUCCGAGAGCGAGGUGCAGGGGGUGAGCGAUGCGCUAAGGGGCUGCAACAGCGUGGCAGGCAGCAUGCAACGGGGUAACGUCAUACAAAGGGGCAACAGCUGCGAGGCAGGCAGCAGCAGCUUGCAGAGGGCCAACAGCGUGCAGAGGGGCAACAGCUGCGAGGCAGGCGGCAUACAAAGGGGCAACAGCUGCGAGGCCGAGGCGGCGCUGGACGACCUCGACGUCCACCUGCCGGUGUCCCUGUCCACCAAGACGCACACGGUGACGUGGGCCGCCCACCGGCUGGUGCAGGAGAGCAUGCCCUCCUGCUACUACGACCUGGACAUCAACACGCACGGCCUGCUGGGAGUGCAGCACUGCGGCCGCCAGCCGGGCAAGACGGACGGCCUGGUCUUCAACACGCUGGUGUCCAUCACACUGGAGCGGAGGGGCAGCGGAGGAGGGUUGGGGCUAGGGGGGGAGGCGGCUGGGGGAGGGGGCGGUCUGCCGUCGCCCCCUGCGGUGGAGACGGGGCCGUACCGCUGGCAUAAAGUGGACAGCACGUCCCUCAGGGACGACAUCCUGCGCAGGAUACGGCAGGGGUCGACGGUGCCCAUCCUCAGCUUGUACUGAAGAGCUGGUGGUGAAUGGGGGUCGAGACUGAUGGAAGAGAAAGGGUCUGGACUGGAGGGCUUCGACGUUCAGGCACUCUGAGACUGCUGUUGUAGGGCUUUUUGGCAAAUCGUCUCUUUUCGUUGGUGCCCUUUGGUAUGACAUGGAAGGUGUUUAGAUGAACAAUCUAAAGCACUCUGUGACUGUUGUUGGGGAGAGACUGGUGGCUGAAUCUUGGACUUACAAUAUAGUGAUUUGUGGGAUGAAAAUGCCUCCUCUAUGGAUAUUCCAGGCCUUGCGGUUUGACUAAUCAGCGCAUGGUGUGCAUGCGUGUAUGUGAAACGGAACGCACACAAGAAACUAUGCAAAAAAGCAUCCACUUACUACUUGAUGUACGAGUUGACAGACAAAAAUUAUCCAAGCCAUAUCAGGAACUGUCUUCCUCCAUGCACUGGCUCCCGCUGAUGAUGCUGAUGAAGGGAGUGAAGAUGGCUUUGUAGGAUACAGGGUAUGAAGGUUAAUCAGUGAGAAGGGGUGCAUUUCUUGAAACCAUACUUGCUAACAACAUUAGCUACUUCGUUGCUUUGCUUGCAAUGCAAUUUCCCAUUGCCAACUACCCAAGUUGCUAACUGGCUAACAACGACGCUUUUGAGAAAUGCACCCCAGGGGAGUAUGCCAAGAACCUGGUUAAGUAGUAGUACAGAUUAAAUUCAUCUUGAGGUAGUGGUAAAUCACCUAAUACAAGACUCUGGAGUCCUUGUUUUCCCGAACUAAUCGACACCUGUGGGGUGUCCAUUAGCAGAUUUACCACUUCAUGCAGUUUAACCUAGCCGGGUUAUCAUCACUUAGCCACUCAUCACUUCCUGGAAUACUCCCCAGAUGUGACAGGCGAUAUUGAGAUUUGUUGUUGUGAGAUUGAUUAAGGAAAGUUUAUCCGUAUGCUGAGAUUACUAUUGCUGGGCGUUAGUGGGCCACAUGCGCAUAGUGCCGGAUGCUGAGGCAGUCUUUGUGGCUGUAUGUGUUUUUGGAAUACUUGAAAUACCUGACAAUGAGGAGGAACUGUCUAGACACAGUCGAUGUGAGUAGUGCAUGGGAAAGCAAUACUUUCACAUCUUGUCAACUCUGGUGUGAUAUUACUCACUUCACUUCUUACUUGAGAAUUACUCGUAACAAUCACUUCACUUGUGCCCAAAUAUUGCCAAUAUGACAAUUUCAUGUAUGGGGAUACUGUAAACACAAACAUGUAAAUCAGUUUGUGCGUGUAUGCACCACUGUAACAGACAUUUGAGAAAGGUUAACUUCAGAAAAGGUACAACAAACUGUAUUUUGUGGUAUUAAAAUGUUUUGUGGCAAACAGAGAUAA